GGGUUCCCCCUCAGUGUCCUGUCAGUGCCCAUGGAGAAUAAGUACAAAUGUCAGCAGUGUCUCCAGGUCCUGAGGAAGCCUGUCCAGGCUCAGUGCGGACACCGCUUCUGUGUACACUGCUUCAAGCAGCUCACCAGGUAGACCGGAGGUCCUCAGACCACCCACAACCGUGUGACAUGCAAACCCCUCCCCACCCUAAUGCUUACCCUCUCCCUGGACAUGCUUCAACACAUCCUGUGUUCCUAUCUCUGCUCGCCUUGGGGAUUUUUUUGCACUCAAGAUCAAUUACAUUAUGCAGACUCAUCCUCACAUGGCUGGAUUCUAAUACUGAAGUCAGUGAAUCACAAGGAUGUUCCCAUGCUGAUUCACGUUAAAGUUCUGGCCCAAAGCCAUGUGAAGCCUGCCGCCAAGAAGAAAUAUAUGAGGAGCCUAUGUCCAUUCUUAAUAGUAGUGAGGCAUUUCCAGACAAUGCAGCAGGGCGAGAAAUAGCAAGUCUGCCUGCUAGGUGUUUGAACCAGGGUUGCAGUUGGACAGGAUCAAUAAAAGAGUAUGAGGCUCAGCAUGAACGUCAUUGUGAAUUUGAGCGGAUACAGUGCGAGGCCUGUCAAAUGUUAAUCCUUCGUACAGAGAAGGACAGACAUGAUGAGAGAGAAUGUGAAGCAAGGACACUCAAUUGCAAAUACUGCAAAGUGACCUUCAACUUUAAAGACAUCAAGGCCCAUGACGAGGUAUGCGUGAAAUUUCCCUUGCAAUGUAAAGACUGUGGAAAGAAGAAGAUCCCAAGAGAAAAGUUCAAUGACCACAGCAAGUCCUGUGCCAAGUCCAAGAGUGCCUGUCCAUUCAGUGAAGUGGGCUGUAAAUCAGUGAUAGAGAACGGGAAGAUCAGCGAUCAUGAGCACAGCAGCACCAUGGAGCACUUGCGUCUGCUGCUGCCCAUGGUGCUGUCGCUAACUAAGACAAGUACAGAUGCUUCAGGUCCUGGUGAGUGGCAGGAAGACUCUGGUCUGGGCCUGUACAGGGCUCCUGAGGAGGGAGCUGCUAUGGGUGUGGGUGCGGGAGCUGCAGCCUCUGCGCAGUCCGUGGACUUGGAGAAAAAGGUGAAUGCUUUAGAAAACAUUGUUUGUGUCUUGAACCGGGAAGUGGAGCGCAGUUCAGUUACAUUGGAAGCCUUCUCCCAUCAACAUCGUUUAGACCAAGAAAAGAUUGAGAAUCUGUCCAAUAAAGUGCGUCAGCUAGAGAGGACGCUGACGAUGAGAGAUUUGCAGCUGUCUGAGACGGAACAGAUGGUGCAAGAACUUCAGUUCUGCACUUAUGAUGGGAUAUUUGUCUGGAAAAUCUCUGACUUCUCACGCCGAAGACAAGAGGCUGUGGCUGGUCGAUCACCUGCAAUGUUCUCACCAGCGUUUUACUCCAGCAAAUACGGCUACAAAAUGUGUCUGAGGCUGUAUUUGAACGGCGAUGGGACGGGUAGAGGAACCCAUCUUUCCCUGUUCUUUGUCGUCAUGCAGGGCAAGUCUGACGCUCUGCUCAAAUGGCCUUUCAGCCAGAAGGUGACGCUCAUGCUCCUGGAUCAGAACAACAGGGAGCACAUUAUCGAUGCUUUCCGCCCGGAUGUCACCUCCACCUCCUUUCAGAGGCCGAUCAGUGAGAUGAACAUCGCCAGUGGCUGCCCACUCUUCUGUCCAUUGGCAAAACUCGCUGGCAAGAGCGCCUAUUUGAAAGAUGACACAAUUUUCAUAAAAGCCAUUGUAGACCUCACAGGCUUGUAAGGUGUCAGCUGUGGAAGUUACACCAUCAAAACAAACAAAUCAAAAUAAU